AUGGAUAAUACGAAGAGUGCCAACACGGCCAGUGUGCCCCAGGAACCCAAUUUGGUCAUGGAACAAAUGCAAUCUGCCUUCCAUGCCAUGAUUGAGCCUCUCCCUGUGGAUUGCGAUGCAUCCGUCGCGGUUUCACACAACGGCAUGGCCUUGGCGCGGGCAUCGUCCAGACGUCCUCGUUCUGUACCGGGUGCCCAUGCGGUGGUAGCUACUGUCGUUGUGACUGGCGAAGAUCCAGAAAUUGGAAUCACAUCGCCAGAUCCUGCGAGUCCAAACCUCGCAGAGGCGCGACCAGUCGAUGAAGAAGCAAAUCUACCCGAGGCUGAAGUUUACGAUCCAAGCAGAAGAAGGGAUUCCAGAAAGGAGAAUCUUAUGUUUACUUGCAAGGUAAUGGCACUUGGAAUUCUUGUUCUACUGGCCAUUACCGUACCUACAGUGCUGCUGAGGAGGACCCAUGAUUCUACAGAAUACAAGGACGCGUCUUCUACCGACACUACCACCACUACCAACACAAAUAUGGACCCUACUCAACCAUCUGUUGUGGACCAAAUCUUGAGUCUUCUACCAGUGGAAUCUGUGAAAGCAAUUGACCCUGCUAACAGUGGGUCCACCACUGCUCAAUCCAAAGCAUUCAAAUGGCUCCUAGGUGAUCCUUCCCUGGGGACCUAUUCGAACAAGAGAAUUAUUCAACGUUUUGCUCUCGCAACAUUUUAUCAUUCAACAGAAGGCCCUCGGUGGUUUCGUAAUGACAACUGGCUCAACUACAGUAGUCAUGAAUGUAACUGGUACAUGUCGCAUGAUCUGGCAGGCAAUGAACAAAAUGCUUGUUGCCGUCAGAGGCGAUACACCUGUGGGGAGAACCUGACUAUUCAUAAUCCUCAAGGGCUCUAUGAAAAGAUCUAUCUACGGAACAACAAUGUGAACGGCGAACUCCCUCCUGAACUAUUCUUGUUGACCUCCAUGGAUGCACUUGUCCUUUCAGAGUGCCCAGAACUGAGAGGUUCCCUGGCCUCCACUAUUGGCAACAUGGAAAACUUGAGAUUCGUUGAUCUCCGCAAGAAUAAGCUUCUCAGUGGAAGCAUUCCAACUGAAGUGGGCUUGUUGACCAACCUGGUGCAGAUAAAUAUCAUCUACACCAGAGUGACAGGAAGCAUCCCCUCCGAACUUGGCUUGCUGUCGAGCAACUUGACCAAAAUCUUUAUCGAUUCCAACAUGAUGUCUGGUGCUAUUCCUUCAGAGAUUGGCAGAUUGACCAACUUGCAGUACCUCCAGUUGUUUGGACAAUCAUUAAAGGGAGAAGUGCCAACUGAAUUUGGGAUGCUUACUUCUCUAACAAGGCUGGCUCUUUCUGACAAUAGGCUCACAGGGCCAUUGCCAUCGCUGGGAGCUCUGUCUGACUUGACAGACCUCCAUUUGGAUGGCAACUCCUUCACUGGAACCAUUUCCUCCUCUGUGGGGUUGAUGUUUGGGCUAAAAAGCUUUGUACUGGGUGACAACCUUAUCACAGGUACCUUGGCAAGUGAGAUUGGAUUGCUAUUCAACUUGCAAAUAUUGAGUGUGGAGAAGAACAACAUCGGAGGAAGCAUCCCACAGGAGCUGAGCUUGUUGGCCAACAAUGGAUCCUUGGUGUCUUUGAGUGUAGCUGGCAAUGUUAAUUUGUUGGGGACUAUCCCCCAAGCCAUGUGUUCAAUGGGCACAAACUCUACUACUUGUCCUCAAAUUGAAUGGAGGGUUAUCAGUGGUGGCUGUGGAUUGACCUUUGAUUGUACUAACCUUCUCUGUGGUUGCAGCUGCCCCGUGUGCAGCUGGCCUAAUGGGCAGUGA